GCUACUUUGAUGGGGACAAUUCAAUCAUAUGGCCUAAAUACAUAAUCGUCGCAUCUUUUUCGUACAAUUUCUUCUUUCACCACCAUGGUCCCCGCUCCUUUGAAUGUCUGCGCACGAGCCAACGACGAGCAUUGCCAGCUCAGCGUGCGUUUCGACGACCAAUGCGUCCUCAUUCCUAAGCAUCCCCACCGACACCGCAUACCAAGGAUGGUGACAAAGUCGUAUUCUCUGCCGCUGUGGAAGCGGCGUUCGUCAAGCUCAGGCGGGUCGGCGUCUCCAGAGACAGACGCAUUUGUGCCAGAAGACAGCCAUAUCGUUCUGCGAGUUCCGAUUCCUAGUUUCUCUAGCAAGGCUCAAUCUCCGACUCCUACCCGUCAUUCGGAUCCUAAACCUCUCUCCCCGUGCCUGGUUCAGCGUUCCCCAUCUAGUUCUUUCGCCUUCCCGCAGGCAGCGUCUGGAUCUCCCCAGAGUCCACGACGCCCGACUCGCACAGCGUCAUUGUCACCGUCCCGCUCGGAUAUCAUUACGGUCCCGCUGAGACCGUGCUGCGCGGCAUGCGAAGCCGUGACGGAAGCAUCUCUCUCCCAGGGAGAUACUUGGACUGAGCACUUCUCGCGUUCAGCACGCAGACGGCGCUCGUGCAGUCCAGAUGAGGGGCCGCGGACCAUCACAGUCGAAGGAAGCAUCGCUGCCGCAUCCUUUGGGCUCGGUCGUGGUGUCCCGAUUAGCGUGGAUGAGGUCGACAAGCGCCGUCGGUCAAGCGACUCCGCGGUGACUACGGCAGUGUGGUUGAACGGGGAAGAGAAUACUACUUUAGGAGAAAUGAGCGCCGUUCGGAUGGACGGGCCUCUGAUGGUUGAUACGCAGCGCUCGUCAUCGCCACUGCGCUUACCGAACUUCGCCGUGCCAUCCACUCCCCGGAUACCUGAGGAAGAGGACGGCGAGGACGAUGAAGAUCAGCUCUUCCCUCUUCCGUCGCCUCGUCGAUCACCUGGGACAUCUCCCGCACCCAGCCCAUCUGCUUCUGCAUCGUGCAUCGGGCUUGGUAGGCCGAGCGGGAGCCCAGUGCCAUCGAAUUCGUCGUCGGUCAGUUUGGGCACGAAGAUGACUAAAGACCAGUUCCUUGCACCACCCGUUUCAAGGUCAUCUUCAUCUCUUUCGCUUGCCAAGACAACAGAGUCCGAUGAACUUUCACCCCGUGCACCAUCACCUCAUGUCCUUGCCACGGCCCCUUCGAUUUCCGCACGCCCUUAUACUCGCUCCUCGUCGCUACAGACCUCAUACGCUCCCUCACAUUCGACUCCUGCGUGGACAGAGGGCCUUGGUGCGGGUGCAGAUAGAGAGCUACCACCACUUCCUUCCUCUGCUAGUACGCCCGUGUCCAUUCCUUUUCACAUGCCAGGGGGUUCUCGAUCACAUCGGGUCACACGUUCGCUUGUUCCCUCCUCACCAUCCACCUCGCCGAACCUCUCGACUUCCCAUAAUAAAAGACGCCACGGCUCGUUAUCGUUGGCUCGCCCUCGGCAUAUUAUUGCCGAUGUCCUUCGUGGCGUGGGUGUAGUGGGAGGUGGGGCUGUUGGGAUCGGGGUUCGUGUUUAGGUGAGGGUGGUCUUAUCGCGCGGUCAAGCGGUUCCCGGCACCCUGCGCCUGUUACUUUGUUUUCGCUGGUAAAUAUUUUUCCAAAAAUUUCCUCUGUUUUGAUUUGCCAAUUUCCCAUCCACUUGGAGCGCGUUCCGAAUCACACUAGUACUUAAUGUCAUACACAUGUUCCCCCUCAUCCAUUUCACACUCCAUUGUACUUAUCAUCAUCCCGGUUCUCUUUUCUCUUGUGUACGUAGUGUACUCCUUUAUACCCGAUUACAUGAUAGUGUUGUAUUAAUGCAGCAAAACUACCGCUUUUUCCAUU